AUGAAUACCUAUAUGUUACUCGUGGCAACAGUCCUCGCCGUCUUCCCUUGGACUCAUGGUGCCGCCCCUGCUCCGACUGUCACUAUAGCCUCGCCUGCGGCUACGAUAAUCGGAUUAGCUGGCGAGGUCGAAAAAUUCCCAGGCAUCCCCUUCGCUAAGCCUCCGCUUGGAAAUCUCCGCUUCAAGCCCCCGGUGCCCUUAACCGAGCCUUAUGGGGUAUACGAGGCUACAAAGAACAGAAACAUUUGCCCCCAGUUCAUCGCCAGCACGACGGAUGGAAAUUCCCUUCUCCCUCAGUUCGUCGCCACUCUGAUCAAUAGCCCCAUAUUCCAGAAGCCGGUUCUCGCAGCCAGCGAAGACUGUCUUUACCUCAAUAUUCAUCGACCAGUGGCCGCCAAAGAGGGUGACGAUCUUCCUGUCCUUUUCUAUAUCUAUGGUGGUGGUUUCCAACUCGGUUGGAAUUCGAUGUACGAUGGAACACCAUGGGUAAAGAAGUCUGUUGAGCUAGGCAAACCGAUGAUUGUGGUGACCGUCGCCUAUAGAAUAGGAGGAUUUGGGUUCCUUCCUGGUCGAGAAAUCCAAGAGGAAGGAUCGUCCAACGCGGGGCUUCUAGAUCAACGCCUGGGCCUGCAGUGGGUUGCAGACAAUAUUCGGGCGUUUGGAGGGGAUCCUGCAAAAGUCACAAUUUGGGGGGAAUCUGCUGGGGCCUGGUCUGUCUUUGACCAAAUGGCCCUAUAUUGGGGCAAUAAUACCCAUAACGGAGAAGCCUUGUUCCGCGGAGCCAUUAUGAAUUCAGGUUCAUUCCUAGCAGCCGACGCAAUAGACUGUCCGAAAGCUCAGGGGAUCUACGACAAGGUUUGUUUCGCCUACCCCAGCGAAUAUCAGGUGAAGUUAAUCAGACUACAGGUGGUCGACAGUGCGGGUUGCUCGGCGGCGGUAGAUACGCUGCAGUGCCUUCGCAGCCUUGACUAUACCACUCUUCUCGAUGCCACGAGCUCCGUUCCAGCGAUGCUAGGCUACCAAUCCCUUGCGCUUUCCUACCUCCCUCGUCCUGACGGAGUCGUGCUGGCAGAAUCGCCAGAUCAGUUAGCUUUGAUGAACAAGGUCGCCAAUGUCCCUUACAUUGCUGGUAGCCAAGAGGAUGAAGGGACGCUCUUUGCGCUUUUCCAGUCCAAUAUUACUACGGAGAAACUGCUUGUGGACUACCUAGGCGACGUCUUCUUUCCAAACAGUUCUCAGCAAGUCCUCCAGGAUUUCGUCUCACUGUAUGCCAAUAUUAGCGAGGAUGGCGCCCCUUUUCGCACCGGGAAAUUGUGGAACAUCUACCCUGAGUUCAAACGAUUGGCCGCUGUCAUCGGGGACCAUGAGUUCUCUCUCAGCCGGCGCAUCUUUCUGGAGGCAUCGGAGUCAAUGAGCCCAGAUGUCUCAACCUGGUCAUAUAUGAGUUCUUAUGACCACGGAACACCGGUCCUGGGUACCUUCCACGGGAGCGAUCUUCUCCAAGUCUUUUUCGGCAUCCUACCAAAUUAUGCUUCGGACGCGUUCCACGCGUACUAUAUCUCGUUUGUCAAUUCAUUGGAUCCAAAUGACGGUAACGAUGGUAAAUAUGGUUACUGGCCGCAGUGGGGUGAUAGUCACCAACUGCUUAAUAUGUACGCUGAUCACUCAGAGUUGAUUCCUGACGACUUCCGCCGCGAGGCUGCAGCGUUUCUCAAGGACAAUAUUCGGGAUUUCCGACUAAGGAAAUGGCAGCAGGGAGCUCAUCUCUACCAACACAUUGGAUGGUUCAAGGAGAUCUCCCACAUAUUGCGGAUUAUUGACCAGCCGACCCUGAUGAAGAGGUCCGGUGGAAUGGAUCUAGUACAAGUGGUUAUGCUUGUCCCUAGUGAAUCUGUGUCCAAUGAUGUGGAGCUCACAUACUGA